AUUCUUAUUAAUAAACUUUGACGCGCUUAUUAAGCAAAAAUGCCCAUAACGCGUUCGAAAGCGAAACAACAACAACAGCAAACGAAUGAAGCUGCAGCUGAGUCUAAAAAACAAGCUCAGCCCAAACCCAAACCUAAAGCUAAAGCUAAGCCCAAAAAGCAGCUCAACAUAGAGCAGCUUACAGCAGAUACCAAAAAAUUAUCAAUUGAAGACGCGUCCAAUGCUUAUGUAGAGCUGGAAGAAGUAUAUGAAACUGUAAGCUAUGAGACAGUUAAACAAUUUAUAAACAGCUGCAGCCUAAACGCAGAGUUGUCGUUUGUUAACAACAUCAAAGCAACAACGCAGCUCCUGCAGUCGCUUAGUGUGGCCAUCAAUGAGCUGGAGACUGUGCAGCUGGCACAGCUGCUGGAUCUUUAUAAUUUGGCCAUAUUAAUGCAAAGCUGUGAGCGCCAGCAAACGCACUGCAUGUCGCAGCGUCUGGGACUGCUGCAGGCGGUGGCGCAACAUGCUCAGGACUUGCAGCCGCUACAGCUGCAGUGGCUAGCCGAAGAACUCUGCAGCAGAUUGCUGCUGCACAAUGAUGUGGGGCGAGCUAUGAAUAUGCUAAAUGCACUCAAAUCGCUUAUACAGCUGGACGCUGCUAAUCGCCAGUUAGCCACAACUAUAGCGUUCAGUAUGUUUGCACGCAUCUCUGGGCAAGCAGCCGCGCUGCAGCCAGCGGCGCAAGCUUUUGCUUUGGUGCAGCUGCUCAACUGGCAGCAGCUGCUGCGGAACAAACGCCAUGCGGAUAUUUUUGUUUUACUGCAUUGCUUUGCUUUAAUUACAAAUCUAAGCGCGCAUCGUCAGCUGCAUGCAGAUUGGACUUGCGGCUUGGGCAGCGAUAUACACAAAUUUUUUAUGCAGCUGCUGCGUGCAAUGCGCAGCGAAACUUUGAGCAAUUAUAAUGCAUUUGCUAUGAUGCUGGAGCGUUUCAUUGCGUUUUGUAUUGUGCGUUUGGCCAAGCCACGCCCCAUUAACUUAGGCGAGGACAACUAAGCAGCAGUCAAAGGCCACUGCAAUGUGC